GUCAAAAUGGCACAACCAGAAUCACUUGUUUCUAGUUUUGACGUUUUGUUUGUUCUCUGUAAGUUUUGUGGUAUUUACCCGCAAUCUUUAAAGGCUUUCCGCAAAGAGAAAAUAUUUCAACCCUCAAAAUGGGGAACUAUAAUUGUGAUUAAUUACAUGAUAAUUAUAUUGGUACUUUACAAUUUUUUAAUUUAUUCUUUUCACGAUGAGGAUCAAACAACAAAAGCCAAGCAAAGUACCCUAACAUUCGUAAUUGGACUUUUUUUGAAUUAUAUCGCCCCAGCCAUGUUGGUAGUGGAUCAAAUUUCAGCAAUAACGAAUCAAGGCAAAAUUGGAAAUUUCUUCGAUCGAAUUAAGAGCGUUGAUGAGAAAUUAAGUUUCGAAAAUAUACACAUCAAUAAUGUUUCCAUUAAAAAACGCAUUUCAAUAAUGAUCAUUAUAGCAGUUUUCGCUGAAUUGACAAUAAUGAUUUCGACAUUCGUUUAUCUAGUCGAUUACACCCAAUGGUAUUCGUUUUUGUGGAUCAUGUCCUGCAUUCCGACAUUGUUAAGUGUUUUUGAUAAAAUUUGGUUUGCUACGCUUUUGUUUUGUUUAAAACAAAGAUUUAAUGCUAUCAAUAAUUACUUGGAUGACUUGGUGGAGAAUCAUUAUAAGAUACAACGAUUAAAUGAAUCUAAAAUGGAAUCGGAAACUGUAGACAGUCAAGUGCAUGCUAGCAUUAUGGAUAUGCAUUCGGGAAACCCUUUUAGGGUUAGUGAAAAAAAGAGAAUAUUUUCGAACUCCAACAGAGUUGCAGUAUCAAACUCAGGAAAUUCAUUUCGCUACAACAAAUCGAAUAAGAUUAAAAUGGAAAAUUCAGUUAAUGUUUCGAGUGAACUGAGUAAUAUCAGCAAAAUGGAUGAUAAAUUAAGUAAUUUCUGCCAACUUCACGAUGAAAUUUGUGAAUUGGGAAAGUGGUUAAAUGAACUAUGGAGUUAUCCUGUUUUGGUAUUGAUGGCUUAUGGCUUUCUUAUAUUUACCGCACAAUUAUAUUUUCUAUAUUGUGGAACACAAGGACAGCCUAUUCCAUCUCUUUUUCGAUCGGCAAAAAAUGCUUUAAUUACAAGUAUCUAUCUUCUGUAUACAUCGGGAAAAUGCAUCUAUUUAAUAUAUCUCAGUUGGAAAACAUCUUUGGAAUCUAAACGAACUGGAAUUUGUCUACAUAAAUGCGGUGUCGCUGUGGAUAAUAAUGCAUUUUAUGAAAUCGUCAAUCAUUUAUCAUUGAAACUGCUCAAUCAUUCGGUAGAUUUCUCAGCUUGUGGAUUUUUUACUUUGGAUAUGGAAACCCUUUAUGGGGUUAGUGGAGGAAUAACUAGUUAUCUAAUUAUUUUGAUACAAUUUAAUUUGGCUGCUCAGCAAGCAAAGGAAUCAGUUACUACAAAUGCAAAUUACAAUAACGAAACCACGACUAUGAUGACAGUUGAGGGAAUGCAAAAUUCAACUGAACACGAAUUCGCAAAACUUAUCAGCAAUGUUCUCUCUAAGAAUCUUGUUUCCAUGAAAACAACAGAGAAUCCUUUUUAAUUCCUAAAAAAAAGUGGCUUGAAUAUUAUUUGUAUAAGGAAAUUACAUAUUAUAACAGUCAGCAUAUUUUUUAAGGAUGACUAUUCAACUAAGCAUGAAAUCGAAGAUAUAUUAAUUUGUUCAUAUUAAAAUAUUGCUUUAACUUAAGGUGUGAGAUGGGGGAUUGAAGAAGUCUCUGACUAUGUGGAGCGACACAAAAGACACACUAACGCUCCGUUCAAAGUACAUAUGCACUUAUAAAUGCACUUUGCACUGAUCACCAGUGGAUGGCAUGGUUGUCAGUAGUAAGCCCUCAACCUACAAGGCCUUACGCACUAUAACUUCAACAAUCUAAACUAGAUAAUACCGAUUGCACAUGAUCAACUCAA